AGUAGAAACUCGCCCAGUUGCAUGCCGGAAGAUGCGCUUUCUGCGCGAAGAUUUUUUUUUUUUUUUUCUUUCUUUUUUUUUUUUUAAAGCUCUGGUUUCCUGGUGACGGUGUCUGGAGAUAACCUCAACGCUCGCGCUCGCUCCGGACGCCCUGUUGGUUGUUAGGCCCCAAGCGAUCUGGCUUCUCUGGACUUUGUGCCUACAAAGGAAACCCCAAGAGUACUGUUCAGUUCUUGAAUUCUGAAAACCAUGGCCCACGGUUUGGUGACAUUCUCAGAUGUGGCCAUAGACUUCUCCCAGGAGGAGUGGGCAUGUCUGGACUCUACGCAGAGAGACCUGUACUGGGACGUGAUGUUGGAGAACUACAGUAACUUGGUCUCACUAGAGUUGGAAUCACCAUAUGAGACCAAGACUUUACCUAGACAAAAGGGCAUUUAUGAGAUGAAUUUUUCCAAACGGAACUCAGGUGGAAAAAGUAAAUCCCUUGGCCUUAACUGGAUGUGUGAAGGUGAGUUUGAAGGACCACAGGCCCCUCAAGAGGGAUAUGUCAGUCAAAUGAUAAUCAACUGUGGGAAAACACCCACUUAUAGAGAAAAUACCACUGUCCGAACCCAUCAGAGACCUCAUAAUAGGGAAAACUCCUAUGAAUGUAAAGAAUGUGGAAAGGCCUUUAGUCGUGGCUACCAACUUACUCAACAUCAGAAAAUUCACACAGGUGAGAAACCCUAUGAAUGUAAAGAAUGUAAAAAGGCUUUCCGUUGGGGUAAUCAACUUACUCAGCACCAGAAAAUUCACACUGGUGAGAAACCUUAUGAAUGUAAGGACUGCGGGAAGGCCUUUCGAUGGGGUUCAAGCCUUGUUAUUCAUAAGAGAAUUCAUACAGGUGAAAAGCCCUAUGAGUGUAAAGACUGUGGGAAGGCCUUCAGACGUGGCGAUGAACUCACUCAGCAUCAGAGAUUUCACACUGGUGAGAAGGACUAUGAAUGCAAAGAUUGCGGCAAGACCUUUAGCCGAGUAUAUAAACUAAUUCAGCAUAAGAGAAUUCACAGUGGUGAGAAGCCCUAUGAAUGUAAAGACUGUGGGAAGGCAUUUAUCUGUGGUUCAAGCCUCGUUCAACAUAAGAGAAUUCACACCGGUGAGAAGCCCUAUGAAUGCCAAGAAUGUGGGAAGGCCUUUACUCGUGUCAAUUAUCUCACUCAGCAUCAGAAAAUUCACACUGGUGAAAAACCUCAUGAAUGCAAGGAAUGUGGGAAGGCCUUUCGUUGGGGUUCAAGUCUCGUGAAACACGAGAGAAUUCAUACGGGUGAGAAGCCAUAUAAAUGUACCGAAUGUGGGAAGGCCUUUAACUGUGGCUAUCACCUUACUCAGCAUGAGAGAAUUCACACUGGUGAAACGCCUUACAAGUGUAAGGAAUGUGGAAAGGCCUUUAUUUAUGGGUCAAGCCUUGUCAAACAUGAGCGAAUUCAUACAGGGGAGAAACCCUAUGAGUGUAAAGAAUGUGGGAAAGCCUUCAGUCAUGGCCAUCAACUUACACAGCAUCAGAAAAUUCAUGCUGGUGAGAAACCCUCUGAGUGUAAGGAAUAUGGAAAGGCAUGUACCCAUGUAAGCCAUCUUCAAGAACAGAGAAUCCAUACUGUUGGAAAACCUUUUGUGUACAAAGAAUGUAUAGAGGCCCCUGUUCAACAUUCAUUUCUUCCACAGCAUGAGGAAAAUGCGUGAUAAAAUUUAACAUAAGAAAGCCUUUAUGGGUCAGUCUUCUGCUUAUAGAAUAUCAAAAGUCAUAUUAGAGGUGAAUUUGGAAAAUGGAAAAACCACUUUUUCUUAUUGACCACAAACUACUCAGUGUAGGUGAUUUUUUUACUGGAUAGGUCAGUUUCAUGAAUGCAUAGAAACUUACCAAUACCAUUUCAUCUCUGUCGUACUUCAGAUUUAUUCUAGGGUACAACUCUGCUUACAGAACAUAUGAGGGAGAGCCAUUCAUCAUGGUAUGUACCCAACCUGUUAUCAUCACUAUCCCACCUCCUUACUCCCUGUAAGACACUGGGGAAAUUAGCUAUGACCCCAUGUGCAUUAUUUGUGAAAUGGGGAUGAUCACACCUACCUAAUACUGCUGUUGUGAUUAAAUGAGUUUGGUUCAUGUAAACUUCUUGAACGUGUAUCUGGAAUAUUGUGUAAGCUCAAUAAAUGUUAGCUGUUGUUCCUGUUACCAUUAGCAUUGCUAUUAGUGAAUUGUUACAAGACCCCCUUUGGGUGCAAUGAGUUGAGAAAAGACUAUCAAACUUUUAGAAGAAAAUAUAGGAGAUUAUUGUCACAACCUUGGAGUAUGCAGCAUUUCCUAGUAAACAGAAGACCCUAAAUAUAAAAUAAAAGUUAUUAACUGGACUUGGUCAAAAAUAUGAAGUUCUGGUCAUCAAAUGACACCAUGAAAGUGGUAAAAAAGCAAGACACAGACUGGGAGAAGAUAUUUACAUAAACCUGGCAAAAGAUUCACAUAGAAAGGAUGAAGAAUCCUUCAAGUCAAUAAUAAAACAACAAAUCAGUUAAAAGAUGAGGGGGAGAAACUUACAUAAAUCCUUAAGAUCACCAAAUGGCCAGUGGGUGAAGAUAUGUUUAAACAUCAUUACUCUUGGAGUUCCCGUCGUGGCGCAGUGGUUAAUGAAUCCGACUAGGAACCAUGAGGUUGCGGGUUCGGUCCCUGCCCUUGCUCAGUGGGUUAACGAUCCGGCGUUGCCGUGAGCUAUGGUGUAGGUUGCAGACGCGGCUCAGAUCCCGCAUUGCUGUGGCUCUGGCGUAGGCCGGUGGCUACAACUCUGAUUCAACCCCUAGCCUGGGAACCUCCAUAUGCCGCGGGAGCGGCCCAAGAAAUAGCAACAACAACAGCAGCAAAAGACAAAAGACAAAAAAAAUAAAAAAAUAAACAUCAUUACUCUUCAGGGAUAUGCAAAGUAAAAUCACCAUGUGAUGUCACUGGACACUCACCAGAGUGGCUAACAUUAAAACUAUGUAUGAGCCGGUGUCUUUGUUGGAUGUUCAAACAUGACCUGUUCAAGACGGAAAGGAACCAGCACACUGAACCUCACCAAAUCCUGUAGGUCCCACAGCAGAGAUGAGGAGGCGAUGCUCAGGGGAGGCCAAUGGAUUUGUCCUGAGGAAGGGGCCAUGGCCCAAGAUCAAGUCCUGAGAGAGUUGAGGGAGCAAUUGGAUUCAUUAGGGACCUGAACUGACUUAAGAGGUUCAGUUCUAGAGUGAAGGCAGUAGGUUGUCUUGGGGAAGGAACUUGAGCCUACCAUUGGGAAUCUGAGAGGAUGGGUGGGGGAGGACUAGAGCCCGUAGGAGUGAGUUUGAAAAGCUGGAGAAGGGGCUAAUGGAGGGCCUGGUGCAUGGAGAAGGAAUGACUAGAAUCCAGACAGGUCCUGGGAGACUGGAGAAAAGGAGAGAGUUCAGGAGGGGAGAGCCUUUGAGAGCUGGAGGACUUGAAUGCUAUGGAUGAAGAAGGCCUGAGAGAGAUAGGAUGGGUGCUAAAGCCAGUAGGAGUGCCGUAACAUGGGGGAUGGCAGUGUAGUUAGAGCCCAGAGGAGUACCCUCUGAAGGCUGCCAGAGGAUCCAGAAUCAGCUUGAAGUAGGGCCUGUAUUUGGUUUAUCUUAGGAUUGGCAUCAACUUUCAAUUAAAGUAUACUUUGUGUAUACCUUAGUGAUAGGGUUGGGUUAAGGAUUUGGAUCCUCUGGUUGGGGAGGGAAUGAGAGAACAUAGAACAUGUUCAAGGGGAAAGAUGCCAAACUUACACAGAUCAUUCCACCAACAACAGGAAUACAUAUAGAACUUUCUCCAGGAUAAACCCUAUGUUAGGCCACAAAAUAAAUCUCAACUAAUUGAAAAGAUUGAAAUAUGACUACAGUGUAAUGACACUAGAAAUCAACAGAAAGAAAAAAACAAAACAUGGAAAUUAAACCACACACUCUUAAGCAGCAGAUGGGUCAAAGGAAACAUUAUAAGGGAAAUCAGAAAAUACAUAGGAGUGAAAAAUCAAACCAGAACUUAUAAGAUGCAGUGAAAGCCAUACUCAGAAGACAAUUUAUAGCAGUAAAUGCCUACAUCCAAAAAAACUUCAGAUCAGUAAACUAACUUGAAUGGUAAGAAGCUAGAAAAAAGAGCAAACUAAGCCAAGAGCAACAGAAAGAAGAAAACAACGGGCAGUAGAGUGGAGAAAAGUGAAAUAGAUAUAUAGAUAUAUAUAUGUAUUUUUUUAAUGACACAAAGAACCAAUGGAACCAAAAAUUGGUUCUUUGAAAAGAUCUACAAAAUGGGCAAAGCUUUAACUAGACUGACCAAGAAAAAUAUGUAAUACGAAGAGAAGUCAAAGAUCACUGGAGAUGUCUCCAACCUCUUCUGGGUGUGUGUGACUAAGGUGAAAAAUCACAAAAGCAAAGGAACUUGAACACAUUGACAUUGCAAGUAAGCAGACUAAACCUGAGUAUGUUCAGGCACACCAGACCAGAGUUUGCCCCAGUUUUUCUGUUGAGGGGAAAGUAGUAAAUACUUUAGGUUUUGCAAGCUAUGUAUGCUCAUGGCCACAUUUUUUUUUUUUUUUUUUUUUUUUUUUGCUUUGUAGGGCCGCACCCAGCAGCAUAUGGAGGUUCUCAGGCUAGGGUCCAAUCAGAGCUGCAGCUGCCAGCCUACACCACAGCCACAGCAACAUGGGAUCCGAGCUGCAUCUGCAACCUACACCACAGCUUACGGUUGCAAUGCCAGACCCUUAACCCACUGAGUGAGGCCAGGGAUCGAACCCUCAUUCUCAUGGAUCCUAGUCGGGUUGGUUAACCACUGAGCCAUGAUGGGAACUCCACACAUAUUCCUCUUUAUUAAUUUUUUUUUACGAACUUUAAAGAAUAAAAACCACUCAGCCUCUAGACUGUACACAAUCAGGGCCACAGGCAAGAUUUGAUCCCUGACCAGAUUUUACCUGACCACUGCUCUAAACCAAUAGGUAAGCAUAGAAGAAAAUUCUAGAUCAGCAUUAUCCUGUAUGGUAACAAAGAGCCACAUACACUCUUGAGCACUUGAAAUAUGGCCAGGUGGUAAAGUCAACGUAAAAUACACAGAUUUGAAGACUAUUCAGAAAUUUAAAAGGUAAAAUAUCUCAAUAAUUUUUAUAUUAAAUGUUGAAGUAACAUUUUGGAUGUUUUGAGCUAAAUAAAAUAUAUUAUUAAAAUUA